UGCGCAAUUAAAUGUCAAGUUCCGUUUCCUGUGUUUUGAGGAUUUAUGUACAUUUUUGAAAGUCACAAAUUUAUUACUCAUCAUCAUUUCAAUAAAAGACAAUCAGGAAUGAGUGGUAUGGCAAUAUAAGACUAAUUGGUAGCAGAGUUGUUAGAUUAAAGUGAAGAUGGAUACAUCAGAGGAUCCCCUCCUGCCCCAGGUCCAUGGACCUAUACCUAGAGACAGAUUUCAUAUGGUGUACCUGAUAUUUUAUCUGCUAGGUCUAGGAUCUUUGGCGCCAUGGAAUUUUUUUAUAACAGCUAGUGAGUAUUUCAAGUACAAGUUACGUAACACUACACAGCUGGAUGAUGAAUAUCUAGAUCCGAACUUUGAGACAGAAUUACAGGCAAUGUUUGAGAGCUACCUUGUCGUGGCUAAUACCGUACCUAAUCUAGCAUUUAACUUUAUAACAGCACUUAUCAUACAGAGGGUAUGUUUGAAAACAAGGAUGAUAUUUUCUUUGGUACUGAUAAUACUCAUGUUUAUGGUCACAGUUAGUCUGGUAGAGAUGGAUACAGAUACAUGGCAGACCACUUUCUUUUCCAUUACCUUAGUAACAGCUGUUCUAAUUAGUUCCGGUGGAUCUAUAUUAGGAGCGUCAUUGUUUGGUCUAGCCAGUUUGUUCCCAUCACAAUAUGUACAGGCUACAAUGACCGGUCAAGCUAUGGGUGGAAUAUUUGCUGCUGUAGCUAAUCUAGUCACACUUGCCAUCGGCUCACAUGUUAUAGACAGUGGACUUGUGUUCUUCAUGUUUGCUGUAUUUAUGGCCGUGUUAACACUGGUGGGAUACGGGUGUCUCUAUUGUUUAAGUUAUUCCAAGUAUCAUAUUUUAGAAAUCGGUAACACAAUAUCAGUAGAUGUCAAUUCUCAUGGUGAUGAUAUAGGUUUUGUUGUACCAGAUCAUGGAUGUUCUUAUUAUAGUCAUAUAUUUAGAAAGAUAUGGAAGGAAGGAAUUAGUGUUUGUUUAGUGUUUUUAGUAACAUUAUCAUGUUUCCCUGCUAUAGCAUCAUCUAUAGUGUCAGUUGUGAAGAUACCAACACCCUGGUCAGAGAAAUACUUUUCUGCACUUGUAUGUUUUCUGUUGUUUAACUGUGGAGAUUGGAGUGGUAGAUCAGUAGCAGGGUCUAUACACUGGCCACGGUAUGGCCAGUCAAGUUUAUUGUUGAUGUUUUCUGUGUUACGUGUUGUUUUUAUACCUUUAUUGAUGUUUUGUAAUGUUCAACCAAGAACUAGCCAUAUAUGGUUCAACAGUGACAUAUAUCCAGUUGUGUUCAUACUAUUACUGGGUCUUACUAAUGGAUACUUUGGGACUUUAGCAAUGAUGUAUGGUCCAAGGCGUGUAUCAGCAGAUAAGGCGGAGAGUACUGGUGCUAUGAUGUCAUCAUUUUUAACUACCGGUCUUGUAUCUGGAUCCUUGAUAGCCAUACUUCUGAUGAAAUCUUUGUGAUCAUCUAUACUUCUGAUGAAAUCUUUGUGAUCAUCUAUACUUCUGAUGAAAUCUUUGUGAUCAUCUAUACUUCUGAUGAAAUCUUUGUGAUCAUCUAUACUUCUGAUGAAAUCUUUGUGAUCAUCUAUACUUCUGAUGAAAUCUUUGUGAUCAUCUAUACUUCUGAUGAAAUCU